CAAGUGACUCUUAUGAGCUGGUGCUGCUUAGCACGCUGAGGCUUUGUGUCCAACGGAUGAGAUGAUCAUGUGAAGGGGGAGUUGAAAGAUGGCAUGGGCUUUAUUAUGUCAGGUGACAGCAGCCUUUUGGAACCUCAACCAGGUGUGUGUCCAAAUGGCAAGUGGGAGGUGCCUGAGCUAGCUUUUCUCAUUUCCCUGGCAAAUACUGUCACCAGUUCCCCUUUCUUGUCACAAGCCAAACAGCUUCUAGAGAUUAUAUUGCAGAAAUGGAAUGUGUUGGAGUGACCAUGUUUCUACUGAUGUGCACCUUAUUUCUCGGUGUUGAUGGUAUGGAAUAUAUUUCACUGGAGCCCACACAGCAUGGCAAAUACGGGGACUCUAUGCUCCUCAGAGUUGAGCCUCAUUUUGAUGUCAAGAAUGUGAAGUUCCAGGGGGCCUGGUACAAGACUAAACCCACUUAUACUCUUCUUGUCACUUUCACCGAGUCCAAUGCCAUCCUCAAUAUGCGGCUGAGGAACAAACCAGUGCUUAAAUUGCCAGAUGUCUCGCUAGAUAUUGAGCAUCUGGAUGAGGACGCUGAGGGGGAGUACAAGCUGGAGAUCAACAUCAUCUUCCCAGGAAGCUCCACGCCGGUGGCCGUCACGAAAAUAGUGACGAUCACAGUAAGCGUGCCUGUGUCAAAGCCCGUUCUCAGUAAGAGCCCAGGGGCAGACCUCAUAGAAGAGCGAGAUAAUGUGACGCUGACAUGCUCUGUUGAAACCGGCACCAACGUUCAGUACGAAUGGAUUAAGAACAACAUGGCGGUAGUUCCAAGCGAGCGGCACACAUUUUCACAAGAUCACGGCACACUUGUCAUAAGUCCUGUCAGUAAAGAUGAUAGAGGCCGGUACACCUGCGAGGCCAAAAACCACAUCAGCCAUGAACUGAGCGAAGGAACUGCUCUCAGUGUGUACUAUGGACCCUACAAUCUAGAAGUAAAUUCAGAGCAGGGUCUGAAAACCGGAGGGGUGUUCACGGUGAACCCAGGGGAGCUGGUCUUUUUCGACUGUCUUGCUGACUCGAACCCUCCCAACAGCUGCGUCUGGAUCUCUAAGACAUCGAACGGCACAGAGAUCAUCAUGACUGGAACACGGUUUGAAGUGACAUCUUAUGAAUUAGCUCAAGCAAAGGAGUUCUGGUGUAGAGCAUUUAACAAUGUGACAAAGAAACAGGAUGAGACCAAAUUUUCGCUGGUGGUGGCCAGACUUGGCAAAGGAAGAGAAAAACAUAUCCAGGAAGGAGGUGCUCUGUCUUCAUUGACUUUCAUUACAAUCUCAUCAGUGGUCAUCAUUGUGUGUAUGAUGUUUGUGCUCAUAAGGAAGAGCUGCCAUCCAAGACGAAUGAUGAAUACAAUCUACAGACGGCCUAUGACAGAGCAGAGAGGACUGCACCGAUCCGGUCAUGAAGAUGCAACUGAAGACUUCGGGAUCUACGAAUUUGUUUCUGUUCCUGGGAAAAUGGAAUCGACACAGGCAUCCUGCAGGUCUUUGGCACGGCUUGAUUCAGUCAAAGAUUUGCAUACCACCAUCUAUGAUGUCAUCAGACAUGUGCCUGAAACGCCAACACUGAGUCUGCUUAAAUGAGAGGGAGAGGUGUCACGUGUGCUAAAUGUAAAAAUUUGUUUUGUUUCAAUCCAAAUUUUCUCUAUACAGUGACACAUUUCAGCACUUAUUUUGUUUUGUACAAUUAUUCAUGUUUAUACUUUAUAAAGAUCAUAAUUCUUAUAACACCUGUGCUGAGCACUGACAUUCUUACCGUGCUGGGCACUGACAUGUCUUAAAAGGAAUAUAUACUGUAUAUAUUGAAAAUUAUGCAUUAUUUUCUGUAACAACAGGCUUAAUGAAAAGCUAAGAGUAUUUAUAUAAAAUACAUCAGCUGACGUUAUGGUUUUGCAUUGUGAAUGUAAAUACGAUCGCAUUUCGUACUUUAAUAUUGUAUUUUUUUUUGCACACUGCAAUGUAUUCCACGAUAUUGUUCGUAACAUUACAAAGAUGCCACAUAACCGUUCCAUACAUUUCAUACUAGGUAGCAGUUUUUGAAUUUAAAACAGACAUUUUUAGUCGGUUUUAUUUUCUAUGUGUUGCACCUGCUCCUGUUUAUAUUUUAAACACAGAUGGAUGCCCUGUACUUUGAAAAUAAAGGUUUUUA